UAAAUCUCAUCCCCCAAACUCUUCUUCUUACUUGCAUGAGCACUAGAAAAGCCACUAAGAUACUAAGUUCACAAAAAAAAAAUAGAGAGAGAAAAACAAUAAGAGAUAAUAAGAAACAAUGGUAGAGGAUAGAAAAGUUGGAAUUGCAAUGGAUUUUUCUAAGAACAGUAAAAAUGCUCUCAAAUGGGCCAUUGUAAAUAUGGCUGAUAAAGGUGACACUUUUUACCUUAUUCACAUCAAUUCCAAUUCUUCUGAUGAAUCACGUAAUAAGCUGUUAGCAAAAACCGGUUCACCUCUUAUUCCUUUGGAAGAGUUAAAAGAGGCAGAGGUUUUAAGCAAGUAUGGUGUGCAAGCUGAUGUUGAGGUUCUUGAUAUGCUUCAUGCUGCUGCCGUACAAAAGGAGGUGAGUGUUGUUGCAAAGUUGUAUUGGGGUGAUGCAAGACAGAAACUUAUGGACUCUAUUGAAGAUCUAAAGCUAGAUGCUUUGGUUUUGGGAAGCAGAGGCCUUAGCACAAUCAAAAGGAUACUAUUGGGAAGUGUUAGCAACUUUGUGAUGGUUCACUCCCCAUGCCCAGUGACUAUUGUGAAGGAUUCAAGCAGCAGCGACUAGUUGAUCCAUUUCUGAAGCAACAUUUAAGAUUUUGAUAUCUUUUUCUUGUACUGUUUGUACUUAGGCUAAUGGAGUUACUAUUCUAAAUAUUAUCCAUUAGCUUAUCCAAGGAAUAAUGUAAUCGGUGUGCUUUAGUAAUUAGGCUAUGUAAAUCAGUUCUACUAAGAGUAGUCUGUCAUGUAAAAUAUGAAUAAGUACUAUUAUAUGAAUAACCAUGACAAAUUAUAAACAUUUUAAGACAAUCA